UGAGAGGUCCCUGUGUGACUGACACGCAGGAACUGUCCAACAUGCAAACUGUCUUCUUCUCCACUGUUUUAUGGGGUGCUCUGGUGCUGUGGAAGGGGGCAGAGCAGAUCGGUGAUUUCCAGGUCAGACUGGUCGAUGGGAAAGAUUCCUGCUCUGGAAGAGUGGAGGUCUUACACAAUAAAAAAUGGGGCACGGUGUGUGAUGAUGGCUGGGAUAUGAAUGAUGCCAGAGUGGUCUGUAGAGAGGUGGACUGUGGGAGUGCUAAGUCUGCUCCAGGCAAUGCCCACUUUGGACCGGGGACCGGGACAGUCUGGAUGGGUCAAAUUCAAUGUUCAGGCCAUGAGGACUCUCUCAAGGAUUGCUCAAACCCCUCGUUUGGAGCUUCUCCGUGUCCUCACUCUAGAGAUGCUGGGGUUGUCUGCUCAGGUGUUUUCAAGGUCAGACUGGUCAAUGGGACUGAUUCCUGCUCUGGGAGAGUGGAGGUCUUCCACGAUAAUAACUGGGGCACGGUGUGUGAUGAUGGCUGGGAUAUGAAUGAUGCCAGAGUGGUCUGUAGAGAGGUGGACUGUGGGAGUGCUAAAGAAGCUAAAGGCAAUGGUUACUUUGGACCGGGGACCGGGGAAAUCUGGGACAUUCAGUGUUCAGGCAGUGAGGGCUCUAUUGAGGAAUGCUCACAGAAUAGGACUGUAGAUAAGAGGUGUCCUCACUCUCAAGAUGCUGGGGUUGUCUGCUCAGAUAGAGACGAGUGCAAAGACACCUCUGUGUGCGGCCCCAACGCAAACUGCAGCAACACUGUGGGGUCAUACACCUGCUCCUGUCACCAUGGAUACAGAGCCCCCCUGGGGGUCACUCUCACCAGCUCCAACCACCCCUGCCAAGAUAUAGAUGAGUGCACAGACACCUCUGUGUGCGGCCCCAACGCAACCUGCAGCAACACGGUGGGAGGAUACAGCUGCUCCUGUCACCAUGGAUACAGAGCCCCCCCAGGGGUCACUCUCACCAACUCCACAUACCCCUGCCAAGGUGGGACAGAGGGAGAAGGAGAAUGUAAGGAUAAAUCAGAGGAGCAGUGCCAGCUGGACUCUCUGGAUAAUCUGCUAGACAACAGCAGCUCACUGACACAGGAAACAUUACUGAAUGUGACUCUGCGUGCGGUGGAUCUGCUGUCUCAGUGGAAGGAGGAGGUGCGAGAGAAGGAGAUAGAUGUUGCACUGAAGAUCCCAGAGAAGCUGGCGUCAGCGCUGGUGAAGCCCACGCAAACCCAGAGCAGCUGCAACCUCUCUACCGAAAAACUAGAGGUGCAAACAUUCGCCAUCGGGCCAGAAGCCAGCCUGACAGAAACACCUCAGCUAAAAUCCAGAGACAACCUUCUGAAAAUUGAUCUACUCACCAUUGCUAAGAACAACAAUGGAUCUGGAGCAGUGGUCUUCAUAGCCUACUCCAACAUGGAGGUUGUGCUGAAGGCUGAAUUCUUCCACACGGAGAGAAAGACCAAUAAGACCAUCAAGACCAUGAUGUCCAAUGUCGUCUCUGCCUCUCUCCCCAAUACCAAAAACACAAUGCUGCCUGAACCAGUCAACUUUACCCUGAGACACCUCACACAGGUGGACCCUGAGGGUAAUCUCUCCUGUGUGUACUGGAAUCAGAGCAGGUGGAUCGUGGAUGGCUGUGAGGCCAGAGAUACCAACGCCACUCACACCGUGUGCACCUGCAACCACCUGUCCACCUUCGCCCUCAUCAUGCAGACGGACAGACCACCUGAGGAUGACAUCAUCUUGAAGUGGAUCAGCAUGAUUGCAUUGUCAGUGGGGCUGCUGUGUCUGGCCCUGGCCAUCCUGACCUUCAUCCUCUGUCACUGGAACCCUAAAGUCAGCAACACAGCACGCCUCAACCUCUCCAUCUGCCUCUUCCUGGCCCACCUGCUCUUCCUGCUGGUGCAGAGUUUCCUCUCUCACAUCCAGCACAAGCUGGUGUGUGCAGUGAUCUCGGGCGUGCUGCACUUCCUCUUCCUGUCCAGCUUUGUGUGGAUGUUCCUGGAGGCUCUGCAGCUCUUCCUGCUGGUGCGCAACCUGCAAGAAGUUAGGGUUAUACAGCAGGAGGGAAUCCACUGGGGCUUCCUGCUGCUGAUUGGCUACAGCAUCCCCUGCCUGGUGGUGGGUGUGUCUGCAGGACUGGUUCCCGAAGGAUACGGCAACAACCAAUGCUGGCUACAGACUGAUAAGGGCUUCAGGUGGAGUUUUUUGGGGCCAGUGUGUUUUGUCCUUGCAGUGAAUGUCAUCCUCUUCAUUACCAUCAUUGGAUACCUGCGGUUUGCUUUGGCUGGCCGGAACAAGGAAAUCUCUCAACUGAAAGACACUAGGAUGAUGGUGGUAAAAAUACUAUUCCAGUUCAUCAUUCUUGGUUGCCCCUGGAUAUUCGGCUUCUUUGUGAAUAACAGCAAGGUGCUGGAGUAUCUCUUCCUGCUUAUAACCUCCCAGCAGGGCACAUUCAUCUUCCUGGUGCACUGCGUCUUCAGAAAAGAGGUUCAGGAACAGUACAGGCAGUGGUGGAAGAACAUCUGCGGUUCCAAGGAUGCCUCUGAGUCCUCCCACUCAUUUACAACAUUCACAACGUCCCAGACCGCCACAAAGUAAGAGUCCCCACCUUCGGG